AUGGGAUCUGAAAUGAGUGAGAAUCCUGGACAACCUGAAACAAAUUCUAAUCAGAUACCGGUCAGUGCACCAGAUAGUUUCUCCGACCACAGUCUGAACAAUUCAACUGCUCCAUUUUCAAGCCAACAAGGUUAUACAAAUCCUUCUCAUGGCAAUAAUCCAUCUGCUACAUCAUAUAUACCAGGUACAACCUCAUUCAAUAUCGAUUAUGCACGUCAAAUGCAAAGUCCUUAUAUUUCUGGAAAUCCCAAUUCACAAAAUCUCCAAACAAAUUAUUGCCCAACUAUGCCACCAUCAGGUGGAAGUUCAUUUGGUAGCGACCCAGUGAACAGGAAUCAAGGAUCUGUAUACCCGAUGUUUAACGGUUUUCCUACUCCGAUUUCAUUUCAGUCGAAUGAGUUUUCUGUCUCUCCCAGAGUUUAUGGGUUUGCUGAAUCAGCUCCACACGAAGAUAUAGUAUGUUUGCCAUUAUUUUUAUUAUUAUUAUUAAUAUUGUUAUUGUUAUUAGUUGAAUAA